GUUGUGAAACGCGACAGAGUGUCCGGUGUGUGUUCCAACUUGAAAGAGGUUCAUAUUGUGAUACAGAUACGGCACCGAGAAGAGAGUGACCCUCAAAUAAACGCCCAAAUAUAAACCCUAAAAUCAAACAUUCGAACGCAAUCCCCAAUCCCCAUCAACGAUCAAUCCAAAUUCAAAUCCAAAUUUAAAUUCGAAUUCGAAAAUUCGGAUAUCCACUUGUUCACGAUUCAGAUACAGAAGAGACUCAUCAUAAUUUUUCUUCUGGGUAGGGUAAAAAUCGGAAGGAAGAAAGGAAGGAAAGAACUGCAACUUAAAUUUGUUGGAUUUGUAAUGAAGGGGUAUUCGCAUCACGACCACGGCGUGAUGGUAUUGUUCAUCGUGAUGUGUUUAUUGACGCCUUCGUUGGCUGAAACAGUUGAUUCUCCUCUUGCAUCAAUCCGUCAUCGUUAUUGUCCAACCAACAGCAAUACCUUUUUCUACGAUCUUCACCGACUUUGUCCUCUUCAGAUCCCAUCCUCUCUUCCUAUUCAGAUGGAUGGAGAGUCAUUUGAAAAAGUUUUACGAAAUACACCAAAGGAUGUAUUUACUGCUGUUCUCUUUUAUGAUUCUGAAUCUCCAUUUUCAAGUAGCAUGAGAUCAAAGUUUGAUAUUCUGAGUUCCAUGUUCCCACAAGUUGGCCAUAUAGCUGUUGAACAAUCAAUGGUCAUGCCAAGUUUGUUCUCCAGAUUCGGGAUCCAUAGUUUACCAGGACUCUUCAUUGUGAGCCAUGCUGCAGAGAUACGCUAUUAUGGCCCCAAGGAGCUUCAUUUGCUAGCACACUUUUACAAGAGAUGUACUGGAUUUGACCCUGUAGAUUACCAUUUCCAUCAUGACGCCACUUCCACAAUGAAUCAUUCGUUGGUGCUUCAACCAUGGUAUCAGUUAUCUCCCAGAGAAAUCAUAGUGAAAGAACCAUACUUGGUGUUUUCCUUUCUCUUUCUUGCUUUGCGGGGUUUCCUUUAUUUUUUCCCAGGCAUGUGGCAUCAUGUUGCAGCUUUAUGGAUGUUAUGCAAGUCCCAAUUCAAUUUGGGAAUUUUGGGUGAGUCGAAUCAGUUGUUGGGCCGUGUUGUUCUCAUGAUGGAUGUUAAGAGAGUGUGGAGCAAACUUAAGCUCUGGAAGACUGGAAAUUUUCAAAAACGGGCUAGAAAUGCACGCGUGUGGGCUUCUUUGGCUUCUGUUUCCUUGGGCGAAUCAUCUUCCGCAAGGCCAUCAUCCGCAGUUGAGUCUUAGAUCGUCUGGAAAGCCUUUCUUCAACCAGUAGGAUACCUACCUCGAUGUUGAAGGACACUACAACAGAGGGGCAGAGACUGUUUUCACCAUUUCUUCUUCCAGUAGUUUCUAAACUGAAGCUAUAUAAUCUUUGAAGGCUGAGAGUCUAUUGUAGCAGUGAUCAUGUAAAUUUAAUAUAAUUCUCUUUUUUUUUUCUUUUUUUUCUUUUCCUUGUUUGUAGAUUAGCUUUUUACUUGGAGCUCAUGAAUGAUUAGCAACUUACUCAUAACUAAUUGUGGUUGAUUUGUUAUUACGUUGCUCUCUUUUUUGCAAAUCGUAAGUACAUUGUAACGUGGAGUUUGAAUGCUACUUGGGCCGCAAGAUCCCAAACGUUUCGACCGUUUUGCUGUAUGUAUUUGCUAUUUGGGUGAAGUUUCCCCAAGUUAUAUGGUCUAAUAAAUUUUUUUUUGCCUCACGAUUCGUAGGAGGUAUCAUCACACCACAGUAAUUAUUAUAAGCUCAUAACUCAUUACAGAGAGCCUGCCUUGUCCUCCAAUUCAAUCCUUGCACCAUUUUGAAGUUGGUUUGUUACAUAUAUUGCUGUAAUUACUCUGGUGAUUAAACGAGUACAUGCGCCAUGUAGUUACUAUUUUAGUUUAUUUUUUAAAUUUUUUUCGAUUUUCCCUUUUGCAUAUUGGGCCGGUCCAAAAGUAAACAGUCUUUUUGAGAGAUUGUCUCUCUUGACAAUUUGUGAAGAAAGAAGUAAUACAAAUAAUAUUUUUACUAUGUAACUUGUGUUUACAAAAGUAAUACACAUCAAAUUUCAUUUAUAUUAAGGAUAAGAAGAUGAAAUUUGUACAAAAUUGGCUAUGGACAAUGAAUAAAGGCAUCUACAGCUGACUAUGGACUAUAUAAACAAUGAUUUGAGCAGCCAGCAGGUCUAGGAGCUUUCUAAAGCUGUAAAGCGAACAACGAUUUCAUGAUACUUUUAACAAACUACAUCUACUUACAAUUUCUCUUGCCUAUCUAUUUACCCUUUAACCUCGCUUCAUUUACAAGAACUCAUGUACAUAACAAUCCUCCGAGAAUGCGCCAUGUGCUAGCUUUCUUGUCAACAUGAGGAAGCCACAUACUGGAGUCGCUGAUCGUUUACCU